AUGGCUUCAACGAGCUCGUCUUCGAAACCCUACUCCCUCGCUAUAGUAGGCGGUGGAAUAGCCGGCCUCAGUCUCGCAAUAACCCUCCUCCAAUAUGAUAUCCCACUCACGAUCUAUGAAGCCGCACCACACUUUGGCGAAAUUGGGGCUGGGGUCGCAUUCGGUCCCAAUGCUGGACGCGCAAUGGAGUUAAUGUCUCCCAAGAUAUACCAGGCUUUCAUGAAAUGCAAGACAGGAAAUGCAGACAACUCCAAGAUGGACUCCUGGUUCACGAUUCGUGUGGGAGAUGCUAGGAGAGAAGACAAAGACAGAUAUGUAAGAGAGGGCAAGAAAGUCGGCGAUGCACUUUUUGAGGUGCCCAUGCAUUCGGGCGGUGGCCGCGGUGGUGUAUACAGAGCGCACUUCCUGGACGAACUGGUCAAAGACGUACCCGAUAGUGUUGCCAAGUUCGACAAGAGGCUCGUGGAGAUGAACGAAGCUCAAGAUGGCUCUGGGGAUAUGGUGCUCAAGUUCGCCGAUGGUUCGACAGCACAGCACAGCGCUGUGAUCGGGUGCGAUGGCAUAAAAUCUUUGACGAGAAAGUGGCUAGUUGGGAGAGACAACCCCGCGUCCAAAGCUGUCUUCUCUGGAAAGUACGCCUAUCGAGGGCUGAUACCCAUGGACAAGGCCGUCGAGAUUUUGGGCGAUGACGUAGCACGGAACAGCCAGAUGUAUCUUGGAUAUCAUGGCCACUUGCUUACCUUUCCUAUUGAGCAUGGGAAGACAAUGAACGUGGUUGCAUUUAGCUCUCGCGAUACUUGGGACGAUGAGAAAUGGGUCGUGACUACAUCGAAAGAGGAGAUGGAGGCAGACUUCAAAGAGUGGGGCCCACACGUUCAAAAGAUUGUUGGGGCAAUGCAGAAGCCAGAUAUUUGGGCGCUGUUCCAACACCCACCUUGCGAUACCUAUACUAAAGGCCGCGUUUGCCUACUGGGGGACGCAGCACACGCGACCACACCUCAUCAAGGCGCUGGCGCUGGCAUGUGUAUAGAGGACUCUUACAUCCUUGCCAGUCUAAUCAAGGACGCGAAUAACGCCGAUGAGUUGCAGCGAGCCUUUGGCGCCUUCGACCAAGUCAGACGGGAGAGGACGCAGAAGAAUGUGAAAACGAGCUACGAAGCCGGCAGGAUGUACGAUUUCGAGCUGUUCGGCGACGAUCUUGAUAAGAUUGAGGACAGCUAUAUGCACAGGAUGAGAUGGAUCUGGGAUGUUGAUCUAAAAGCGCAAUUGGAGCAGGCGCAGAAGAUUAUGAGGUCAUGA